ACAAUGUAUGCGCGAUACGUGCCACCUCCAAAAGGGGCUGCGAAGAGCCCUGAACCGCAACACGCUGUCGAAACAAUACCAACACCCCCGACCAAUUCUCAACCUACUGCUUAUGCCAGAUAUAUCCCACCCAUAAAACCAACCAAUGGCUCCAACCAUCCACCACCAUCUCACCAUGUCCACUUCGACGAGAAUGAUAAUAAUAAUGAACCUCCAACUAAGAAGGCCAGGUUAACGGAAGAAGAAGAAGUUUCUCGGGAACCAAAGAAGAAGUCUAAAAAAUCUAAAAAAUCUAAGAAAGAGGUAGAAUCUAAUUUGGAGGAUUUGGAUGGAUUAAGUAAUGAUGUGGUAACCCAAGAUGCGCUAGAGAAUGGCGAUGUUCCCGUGGAACAUGACGUUCCAGAGCAGGAAGUUGAUCGGGAAGCAGCAGCGAAAAAUUCUGACGAAUUAAUUAGCAAGGUCAAGAAAGAAAAGAAAAGCAAGAAGGCAAGGAGGAAGAGUGAGUCUGGAGCGCAGGAUGAGGUUGAGGAUGAAACCCCCGUACGAUAUCGGUCGGUGCUAGAAAAGGCUGCGAAAUCGAUGCAAGCUCCUGAACCGCGAACCACAGCAGAGGGGGAGGGGGAUGCGGAGAUGAAAGAUGCGUCCAAUGGCGAUGAUGGUACGGACGCGAAACCAGAAGAUGCUAUGGACCUAGACGAGGAAGCAUCAGAAGUUCACGGUCUCCAGCCACUACCUCAACCUAAACCGAUCAUCCUCGAUGCGGCGAAACCAGCUUACGAAACUUUGCCACCCUGGCUAGCGAAGCCCAUUCGUGUCUCCCCAAAUUCUACUGCGCCGUUCACCCAAUUUGGACUUUCUCCAGACUUGGGAAUUGCUCCUGAAGUGGCAGAAAAGCUGGCCACUAACGGAUACAAGCAAGCGUUUGCCAUACAAACUGCAGUCAUCCCCCUCCUUCUCCCUCACCAUGACAAGACAAUGCAUGGGGAUGUCCUGGUAUCAGCCGCAACAGGCUCCGGGAAAACUCUGGCUUACACACUCCCUAUAAUUAGGGAUCUCAGUCAAGGCAAUCGUCAUCUAACAAGAUUACGUGCAGUUAUCGUUCUACCAACUCGCGAACUUGUUAGGCAGGUUCAGCAAGUAUGCGAGCAGUGCGCUGGGAUUUUUUCUUUGGAUGGUUCAAAGAGAAGGGUCCGAGUUGGAAUUGCAAUGGGAAGCCAGUCGCUGGAUAAAGAGCAAGCUACUCUCGUUGAACGCGAGGAGAAAUAUGACCCCGAGGCUUACGCCAAACGCAGGAAGCGCUUAGCUUCUGAGAGUGGAUAUGGCUCCGCCGAGGAUAGCGACGAGGGUUACAACACCGAAGACGAAGAGAGAUCGGCUAUUCGAAAGAGGGAGGACAAGAUCCCAACAUUGCCCGACCAUGUGAUUUCCUACACUUCCAAGGUAGACAUCCUUAUCUGUACACCCGGAAGACUGGUAGAACACAUCAAAGGUACCCCUGGAUUUUCGCUGGAUUUCGUUCGGUGGCUCGUUGUUGAUGAAGCCGAUAAACUACUAGGCCAGAACUUCCAGCAAUGGUUAGAUGUAGUUAUGCCCCGGUUGCAGUCCAACAAUAUGCAUACUCGAAACCAUAAGCAGUUCAACCUGUCAGGAGUUCGGAAGAUUGUCCUCAGCGCUACAAUGACAAGAGACCUCGACCGCUUAGAAGGGCUAAAGCUGCGCUGGCCAAAACUAAUUAUGCUUGAGGGAUCCGGAAUCGCUAAUGAGCCGGAGCCUACGCUAAGCAAGGCUGAGCUUGCGCUUCCCGAACUACUCGAAGAAGCUGCCCUAAAAGUCAGCGACCCUAACCUGAAGCCACUUUUCCUUCUAGAUUUGCUACAAAGCGACCAUAUUCUACGGCAACUCAGUCCUAAAAAUAGACCAGAUCUAUCCAACGACGAGACUUCGUCCUCUGGUUCAGAUUCAGAGUCGGAUUCAGAGCUGGAAACAUUCAGAACAUCUAGGGCCACAUCUGCAAGAGGAGAUUUGCCUAGCGUCUUGAUCUUUACGAAGUCAAACGAAACAGCCUUACGUUUAUCACGUCUUCUAUCACUACUUUCACCAGUCCUAGGUAAACUUACCGGCACACUCACCUCCACGACACAAUAUGCGACUCGAAGGCGUACCAUCCAAUCGUUCCUGGCCAAGAAACUGCGAAUUCUUGUAGCAUCUGACCUCGUUGCUCGAGGAAUAGAUUUACCGUUCCUAGAUCACGUUAUCAACUACGAUAUUCCAUCAAGCGUAGCUUCCUAUGUUCAUCGAGUGGGCCGUACUGCUCGAGCUGGAAAGACGGGCAAGGCUUGGACACUUCUUACAAAUCGAGAGGCAAGAUGGUUCUGGAACGAAAUAGCCAGUGAGACUGCCAUUCAGAGGAAUGGACAGGUGGAACGAAUUCGGAUAACCGAAGAAAAGGAGGAUGCAUUUGAGGAAAAGGUAGCUGCGUACGAAUCCGCGCUCGCGAAGUUAGGAGACGAAGCAAGCGAAUCGAAGAACCGUGCGCGACAACCUUAAUAGACGCCAGUUACCAACAUGAAGGAUUUGAUGAAUAAAAUUAGUUCAGUAUAUUCGAGGUUGGCAGUUAACUAUGAUGCUUAGGUAGAUACCCCAAUUCCACGCUUCCCCAUCCAACACUUUGUCUCUCGACCUAUCACAGCUAUCAUGCUCAUCCACAACUUCCGAAUUGCUUACAGCGGUGAGGGGUUCUUAUGAUGUGGCAUACAAGCGGAUGGCAACAAAUUACGCCA